CUUCAUACAGGAAAUCUAUUGCUGUGUCAAGUUCCAGAGAAGAGUUGCUUUUGUCCCAAGUUACUAACCGGGCGAAACCACACAAGGUUGAAGGGCUAGGCUAAGAAAAAAGAAGCAGUACGUAACUGAUGGAUUAAGAGAACCCCACACAGAGAAGUCAACUAGAGAGUUUCACCAUGUCUACAGUUCCUUGUACACCUGUGUGGAGGGAAAGUACUGACUGAAGCGUAAGAAAAAAAAGAAAGAAAGAAAGAAAGAAAAGAAAAGAAAAAGAAAACCAGAAAUGCCCUGCCAUUGGAGAACUUCUGACCUACAGCUACUACUGACGAUGACUGUCUUCUUAGUGCUUGAAUGCGUAAGUGCAGGAAUGGAGAAUCCUGUUUCAACAAGCAACUCACUAACACAGCAAAUGAACAGGCAACAUCACAGUUCUGAUUCCAUAGCUAGUUCAUCUGUGAAUACACAAGGGAGCAGUCAAACACCUCCUGCAGAAGCUACUACUUCACUGCUUGCACAUUUGGAUACGAAGGUUGUGCUCUCUUGUCCUCGAGUUACACUCACAAAUUUAGUAGUAGCAACCUGGGAAAUAACCAUCAGAGAUAAGCUUCCCUGCACGCUGGCCUACAGGAAAGAUAAAAAUGAGACCAACAAAAGUAAUUGCACUGAUGAGAGAAUAACCUGGGCCUACAGACCUGAUGAGAAUCCUGCCCUUCUGAUUCAUCCAGUCACAGAUGCUUAUGAAGGUCGUUACAUUUGUAACCUUGUAACAGCGGAGGGGAAUUUCCAACACACAUAUCACCUUCAAGUGUUGGUGCCCCCUGAAGUCACCCUGUAUCUACUUGAGAACAGAACUGCAGUGUGCCAGGCAGUUUCAAGGAAGCCGGCUGCACAGAUCUCCUGGACUCCAGAGAGAGACUGCACCACUGAACCAGUAAAUCGAGACAACCAUACUGUGACUGUACAGAGUAAAUGCUAUUGGGCAGAAAGUAAUGCAUCUACUGUGAUCUGCUCUGUCUCUCACUGGACUGGCAACAAAAGUCUGUUCAUAGAGCUGGGCCAAGGUAACAAGACAGACUUCAUUAAAAUUAGCAUCCUCUCUAUUUCUGCUGUUUUGCUUGUCGCAGGAUCCAUUUAUCUGUUGAAAAUUUGUGUCUGCAGAAAAUGUAAACGGAAGAAACUAGAAGUUGACUUUGAGCAGGAUGAAAUGCAGCCGUAUGCUAGCUACACAGAGAAGAACAACCCACUCUAUGAUACUGCAAAUAGGGUGAAGAUAUCUUAAACAUUACAACGUGAAGCUGAUGGAAAAGGUCUUCUCCAUACUUAAAAUUUACUGGAGAUUUAGAUUGAAAUUGUAGAACAAUUACUGUUUUGACUUUCUUAGCGUUUUAGAAGGGAAGGCCAGUUAACUUCUUGAAAUUUCUUAGACGUCAGAGAGUCAUUUUAAAGUAUUUAUAUUUCUACCUUUACUCAGUUGAUUUUUAAAAGAAUCUUAAGGAAUAGUAACUGGUAUUCUGAAGAAAUGAUAAGUACAGAGAAUCCACAUGCUCAUUAUAUAAUUUUCAAUUUGUUCAUUAUGGUAGGUAAUGGAAAUCAAGUUUUCUUGAGAAACAAUGGUGAGGAGGAGAAAUCAAGAUAUUAAUGAUAACAUCCCAUAAUGCUCUUUGUACUUGUAAGAGUUAAUAAUACAGUAUAUCUUGGAAGUUUUCUAUCAAUGCAAGCAGAACUACCUCAUUUUCAUUUUUAUAGCUGUAUAAACUUCCAUUGUAUAGUUAUGUCAGAAUUACCCAUAGCCCUACUGUUAAACACUUACAUUGUUGUAUUUUCUCAUGCUAAACAAUUCAUUGCAUAAUGUGUCUUACAGAUUUACUUCUUCGUAUUUGUUUAUAUUUGUAAAACAAUUCUCUUGAGUAGAAUCACCAAACCACAGGGUUUGUACAUUUAUUGAUUUGUUGAAUAGCAUUGAUUUAUAUUUGCACCAACCAUGUUUUAAUGUCUUUCCAUACAUAUCUGUUUUCAUGUUAGCAAGAUAAGAUUUCACUCUUGAUAAUCAACCAGUUAGUCAAUAUGAUUAUAAAUAUACAAUAAUUAUACUAUUUAAUAAAGCUGGGAUGUUUCUCUGUCAUGCUGUGGAAGAGAGAAUGAGAGAACAUGUGUGAGGACAUUAGCUUCUCAUAAACUCACAUUUCUGUGGAGGGACUGAUACCUAUCAUUGUGUAGGUGUGAUAAACUAGCAAUAUGUCUUAUGGUAUACUUUUUUUUUUUUCUUCUUUCUUUCUUUUUUUUUUUUUUUUUUUAGGUAGAGGCAGAUUGAGAGAAUGAAAGAGACCAUAGUGUCAAAGCCUCCUUCAAAGUGGUGGAGGUCAGGCUUAAACAUAGAUCGGGCAAACUGCAAAAGAGCACACUAUCCAAAUGAGCUAUUUUGCUGGGCCUAUGUUGUACACUUUAUAGUGACAUGUUAUCAAAUAACAAAUGUUCAUUGAUGAUGUCAGCAUCUAAGUAUGCAUUGCAGGUACAAGUACCUACUACGUCUAUAUGCUAAGAAAUGUCCAUGGGAUUAAAUGACUCUCCCCUCCGUUUUUCUAUAGAACUAGGUAGUGGGAAUGCUUAUUUGACAUAAUUUUAAUAUUAUAAAAUGUCUUUUAUUUAUGAAGUAUCAUGAAAAAAUAAGAAUAAAAAACAUUAAAAUUCUACAUUAUGGUAAAAAAUUAAAGUCUUCAUUCCUUAAUUA